AUGCAUGUGUUUCUCUGUACGACAAAAUUUGUUUUACGAUUUUUAAUACUGUUAAAUAUUUCUCCUCAGGCUGUUUUCAAUGCUGUAAUCCCUGACCACGAUGCUGAUGCAUUCAGGCCGCCACGGACAGAGGAGCCUCUGUACCUGGACUCUGCAGUGGAGUGGUUGCUGGGUGGCCUCUCUCACUGGGAUGCCGAGCACUUCCUCUUCAUCGCUGAGAGAGGAUACCUCUAUGAGCAUAACUUUGCUUUCUUCCCCCUCUUCCCCGUCGUCCUCCGGGGCCUGGCAGAGACGCUGCUGUGGCCCCUGAGCAGCUGGCUGAGCGUGCGUGGGCGUUUGCUGGUGGCUGUGGCUCUGGGGAACAGCGCCCUCUUCCUGUUGAGUGUGGUCGCCCUGUAUGCGCUCAGUAGGAUAGUUCUUCAGGACAGACGUCUUGCUCUGCUCUCCAGCCUGCUCUACUGCAUCACACCUGCCAAUGUUUUCAUGACCGCUGCGUACUCAGAGAGCCUGUUUGCUGCGCUCACAUUCGGCGGUCUCUUCCUCCUGGAGAAAGGGUUCACCUUCCGAGCCUGCCUGGCUCUCAGUAUAGCCACUGCAGCACGAUCUAAUGGACUGGUUAACAUAGGAUUUCUACUAUAUCUUCCUUCGCUGCAUGCUAUUUCCCAGAUUCGCGUAUAUCGAACAACGACAAAAGGCCACAGUAAAGUCCUCCACUAUAUUUGGGCCAUCAUCCGUCUCCUGCUCACCUCUCUCUUGGGAACUGCAAUCAUCGCCCUUCCCUUCUGUGCGUUCCAGUACUAUGGGUAUAGGACAUUUUGCACACCAUCUGUUUCCUUGGAACGUAUCCCCCCUGCUCUUCUGACGCUGGGUGAGCUGAAGGGCUACCGGGUUCCAGAUGAAAAUGGUCCACCGCCGCUCUGGUGCAUGAGACCUCUCCCUGUGCUUUAUUCUCAUAUCCAGGAUGUUUACUGGGAUGUGGGCUUCCUCCGCUACUUUGAGUUAAAGCAGAUACCAAACUUCAUUCUGGCUUUACCUAUGGCUACUCUCGGCAUAAUUGCAGCAUAUGCAUAUUUUCAAGCCAAUCCAGAACUGUGUCUGAGACUGGGACUUUGGGAGACAGGUGCAAAUAAAGGACUAGACAAACCCAUACCUGGAAUGUUCAACCCCAGAGUGUUUGUAUACAUUGUGCAUUCAACAGUACUUCUGGUGUUUGGGACACUGUGCAUGCAUGUGCAGGUCCUAACCAGAUUCAUGGCCUCCUCAUCUCCCGUGCCCUUCUGGAUAAGCGCUCACCUGCUCCUUCUCAAUGAGCCACUUCUCCAUCGGAGGAAGACGUCAAAUCCCAACGUGCAGCUACAUACAUAUUCCAGAAAUGGAUGCAAGCACACACCUCAAAACCCCAUCACUGCACUGCUGCCACACUUUAAAGCCUGCUCUCAGACCACACAGAGUGUCCUGGGAUACUUCCUCUCUUACUGGGUGCUGGGCCUUGCACUGCACUGUAACUUCUUGCCAUGGACAUGACUUGAGACAUAACUCUGAGCUUUAAAUGCAAUAUUUCUAUGUAGGACUGAGCUGUAUACCAUAUUUUAACCAUAUGAACACACAGGUGUAUAUUAUCAGAAGUUCAUUUUUGUUAUUCCAGUAAUUGUUCAAUUAAAAGAAAAUAAACAUAUACAUGAAUGCAACAUUUUGUCCAUGCCACAUUAAUUAAAAAUAUGUAAUCAUUCAUUUGUUUUUGAGUAAAUAUAUAUGAUGUAAAUAAAAGUUAAAUAUGUAUUAAUAUGUGGCUCAGUCCAACAUAGAACUGAAGUGAUUACAUCUUUGAUGCUGAUUUAUUCAUGCAAUAGUCAACAAAUCUGGUUUGAACAUCUCAAUUAAAUAUGUUUGUGACAGUUUGAGAAGAAAGUCAAUGUAAAAUAUUCCUGAAAAAUUAGUGAACACUGUUUAGUUGUAAAUAUUGGAAAGACUAUGGUUCUAAUUGAAAAAAAAAAAUUUUUUUCUCUAAAUUUCUUGCUGAAACAAAGCAUUUUAUUUACUUUGUAGUUUAAUAUUGCACUGCAUGUUUGGAAGAAUUAUUCCAAGUUAUGGUUUGGGAUAUGAAUAAAAAAUAAUAAUAAAGUUUUUGUUGCUGUAAAGGGAUCCUCAAUUUUUCUUUUUCUCGAUGCAUUAAUGGAAAACUGCUUUAUUGUAUUUUGUUGUAAAGAACAAUGGCUGCCUUGAAGUUUAGCCUUGAAUUUAAUAUUAAACUAAAUGGUGAACAAAAUGAA